AUGCCCGCCAGGACCAGAGCGGAGAGAGCCUCCGCGAGAGAUGCGCGCGCCAAGGCGGCGAGGGCCUUCAUCAACAAGACGGUCCCCGCGCUGCUCAAGGCGAAUGCCCGGGCGCGCAGGGGCGUUGAGGCGGCGGAGCGAAUAGUCGAUCCCCCGCCGUGGAGACCGACAACACCAACAACCACCGCCGUCGCAUCAUCAUCAUCAUCGCCACCGUCGUUAGCAAGCUCGCAUCCCGAGGAGGAGUGUGUGGCAGCCUCGGGAGAGUUGCUGCGAGGAGGACGACGGGGAGAGCGACGGGAUGCGCACCGUCGAGCCCCGCGGCGGCGUCAGGAGCACGAGCACGGGGACCACCCGCCGCCGCAGAUGCACAUCACGCUGCAGGUCGCAGACACGCUCGAUGCUGCUGCGCGUCUCGUUGCGGAGGAGGCACUGGACAAUGCCAGUCACGAUAGCGGCAGCGGCAGGGGCAGAGGCUGCGCGCGCCGGCGACACCAGCAGCAGGGCGGCGGCGGCCGCGUCGCGGUCCUCAACAUGGCGUCGCCGCUGCGGCCCGGCGGCGGGGUCCUCACGGGCGCGACCUCGCAGGAGGAGCGGCUCUGCGCGCGCACGACGCUGUACCCGUCGCUGCGCGAGUCCUUUUACCGGCUGCCCGACGUGGGUGGCGUGUACACGCCCGACGUGCUCGUGUGCCGGUCGUGGGGGGACGAGUCCUCACCCUCGUCCUCAUCCUCAUCCUUCUCCUCCUCCAGUGGCGGUGGUGGCGGCGGCGUCCACGCGAUGCUGCUGCCGCCGGGGAAGCGCUUCUACGUGGACGUCCUGACGGCGGCGAUGCUGCGCAUGCCGGACACGACCGUCCAGAGCGUCGCCACCGCCGAUACAGAAGCAGCAGCAGCGACGACGACGACGGCGACGACGAAAGCACCGGGCGAGGCGCUGCGAUACAGGUACUCGGAGCCGCGGGACCGGGAGCUCGCGCACCGCCAGAUGCGUGCGGCGCUGCGCAUCCUCUGCGGACGGGGCGUCACGCGUGUCGUGCUCGGGGCCUGGGGGUGCGGCGCGUACGGCAACCCUGUUGGGGAGGUUGCGCGUGCGUGGCGCGCGGUGCUGUGCGGCCGCGGGGGCGAGGGAUGGGACGGCCUGCGGGUGGUGUUUGCGAUCCGGGACGCGGGCCUGGCGAGGGCCUUUGCGGAUGCGUUUGGGUUGGGACUGGUGGCGGCGGCGCAAGAUGACGGCCAAGGUGACGAUGAUAAUGACGGGGACGGAUACGGGGACGAGGAAACGGACGAGGGGAGGGGCCACGGGCGUGACGAGAAUGGGGAGUCCUGCUCAGAAGACGACGACAAGCACGAGGGCGAAGAAGAGGGCACGGAUGGCACAGCACGUGCUCGAUUCUAG